UGGUCAAAAUUCCAGAGACGGUCGGACGCCGCGGCGCGAGCCGAGGGUUGUCGGGUUGCUGCUGGGAAGCGUUGUGGCUGCGCGCGGGGGUUCAGCGGCGUCGCGCCGCUCACACUCAUGAGGAGCCGGAAGCUCACAGGUGGAGUGCGGUCUUCAACACGCCUGAGAGCCCAGAAUUAUCCAGCCAGGUUGGCCUCUGCUCAGGAAGUCAGUGUCACCACGUCUGCCAGGACAGUAUGUCAGACUUCCUCAUCACACAAAACCGCCGACAGGCGAACUUCCAAGAAGUUCAAGUAUGACAAAGGUCAUCUUGUGAAACCAGACUUACAGACAUUAGCCCCUAAGAGCAAUAGCAGUGGUCUGCCCAAAGCACCAGCGAAGCCCCUGUGUCAACAGGAGCCCCUGGGCUUCGCUGAGGAUGGCACGCUGCUUGCAGGCAAGGAAGCCAGCAUUUCUGCAGGGCCGGAGGUGGCAGGCCAGCCCCAUGCCCACAGAGCUGUGAGCCAUGCUUGCUCGGCAGAGACUGAAGGUGGCCCAUCCCCACCAAGACUCGGUGGCCCCCCCGGGGAAGAGUCUAACGGCAGCGCCACCACACAAGACAGGUCGGCCCUGGAGACAGAGCCGGGCCACGCACCCCCACUGCAGAUGGACAGCAGCGUCUUCCUGGAUGACGACAGCAAUCAGCCAGUGCCAGUGAGUCGGUUCUUUGGGAACGUGGAGCUCAUGCAGGACCUUCCCCCAGCGUCCUUAUCCUGUCCUUCAAUGAGCAGGCGAGAAUUCAGGAAAAUGCAUUUCAGAGCCAAAGAUGACGAGGAGGAUGACGACGCAGAAAUGUAGAGAACAAGUAUAUGCAUGGUCGUUCCACAUGUUCAGCACAGUUAACAACUUGGCAAAUAACAAAUGUAGUUUAUAUAAAGCUCCUCUCCCAGAGAAUGUGUUCUUAAUAAACUUCAGGACUGACCCAUAGAAAUCCGCAGUGCCUAAUAGCGGGUACCUGUGGGAACACUCGCCCUUGAGAACUGGGGGCCUCCUUGAGAGCAGAGGGCUGCUGCCUCCAGCGCUUGCCUCUGUACAUACAUAGUGACUGAGUCAGCUGAGGGGCUUGGCGUAAAUGAGAUCUUCGUAAAGAAGGUCACUCAGCCUCUGUAGUUUGAUAAAAUGCGAGCUUAUUUUCCAUUAUCAAAACUCUUGUGGUGAUUCAGUGUCAGUUCUUAAAGAACUCUUCUUUAUUUCUGUAUAUGGAGCUAAUGUUUACCUUGAGAAUUUUGCAAAAUGCAUAUGGGAAAAAAAAUAAAAUAUAUUUUGAAAAUAUU